AUAUGGCGCAUCAAAUAAUCGCCGUGUAACUACCAUCGCUCUUAUUUCCUCUUCUUCUUCUUCUCAAACGGUUGAAUCUGUCCAGAUCCAAACCUUUUUCCCGGCAAUUCUGAGAUCUCAUUUACCGGCGACGAAGCUCUAUUCGGAGACAAUGAAGCAGCUUCACAAGCAAAUGAGCUCGAAGCGCGACGAGGAGACGAUUCCCAUGAGCCAAUCCAGUCCUUACUCUCCCAAGGCCUUAAAGCAUCCCAGAUCCCUUCCCAGAUCGCUCCACUACCUCUUCCGUGAACAGCGUCUCCUCUUCAUCCUCGUCGGGAUCUUGAUCGGAUCCACUUUCUUCAUCCUCCAGCCUUCUCUCUCCCGUUUAGGCGCCGCCGAAUCCACCUCCCUCAUCACCAGAUCUGUUUCCACCGCCGUCGUCGAUAAUUAUUCGCCUUCUAAAAUGAGUUUUAAUUACGGCGGAGGUAAAACCGGUCGGGUUCCCGUCGGUAUUGGACGGCGUAGACUGAGGAUCGUGGUGACCGGUGGAGCUGGAUUCGUCGGUAGCCAUCUCGUCGAUAAGCUUAUCGGGAGGGGAGAUGAAGUGAUUGUGAUCGAUAACUUCUUCACGGGUAGGAAGGAUAAUUUGGUUCAUCUGUUCUCGAAUCCGAGGUUUGAGCUUAUUCGACACGAUGUGGUUGAGCCAAUCCUCCUCGAGGUGGAUCAGAUUUACCAUUUAGCUUGCCCAGCUUCACCUGUUCAUUACAAGUAUAAUCCAGUGAAGACUAUCAAGACAAAUGUAAUGGGCACGCUCAAUAUGUUGGGUCUUGCAAAGAGAGUUGGGGCAAGGUUUCUGCUCACCAGCACAAGUGAAGUAUAUGGAGAUCCUCUUGAACAUCCACAGAAGGAGACGUAUUGGGGAAACGUGAACCCGAUCGGUGAGAGGAGUUGCUAUGACGAAGGAAAGCGUACUGCAGAAACACUAGCCAUGGAUUAUCACCGAGGUGCAGGUGUGGAGGUUAGAAUUGCUCGUAUUUUCAACACGUAUGGACCCCGAAUGUGCCUUGAUGAUGGGCGUGUUGUUAGUAACUUUGUUGCCCAGACCAUCCGCAAACACCCAAUGACUGUUUAUGGUGAUGGAAAACAAACUCGAAGCUUUCAGUAUGUUUCUGACUUGGUGGAGGGACUUGUAGCGUUAAUGGAAAACGAUCACGUAGGACCUUUCAAUCUUGGUAACCCAGGAGAAUUCACAAUGCUUGAGCUUGCAGAGGUGGUGAAGGAGGUGAUUGACCCGAGCGCGACCAUUGAGUUUCGACCGAACACAGCGGAUGAUCCUCACAAGAGGAAACCGGACAUAAGCAAAGCAAAGGAACUACUGAACUGGGAACCAAAGAUCUCUUUGCGAGAGGGUCUGCCUCGUAUGGUUAGUGACUUCCGUAACCGAAUCUUGAACGAAGACGAAGGCAAAGGUCUCUAAGUCACAAAUAUUAGUAUUAUAUCCCUUCUUCUGCAAUGAUUGAUAUAUGUAUAGUCUCUUUUGCAAGAGCUCUGCUACGUCUUUUUUGUUCCUUCUUCUUCUGCUCUUUUUUUUCUUGUUUCUUUGUUUUUAUCUGUUCUUUCACCAAGACUCAAUCAAAUUUACCAACUA